AUGGCUUUGCAUCGUGUUACAAAAUUUUCUCAAGAUUGGAGAGUCUUAGCUAAAAUAUUAUCUAAGGAAAAAAUACCAGCAUUUCAAGUUUUUAAGUCUAAAUCAGAAUCAAAUCUAACAAAAGUUUUAUCCUUACCAUCAGAACUACCAAAGAUUGAUUGGGAAAAUUAUUAUAAAGUUUUAGACAAAGAUUUUGUUAGUCAAAUGGAAAAAAUGUAUAAAAGUGUAAAAAUACCCUAUCCUAAAGAUAUAUUGUUAAAGGAAAUUGAUGCUUUAGAAAAAGAAAGAAUGGAACAAAGUAGAGAGUUUUGUAUAGAAUCUGAAAAAACAAUUAAGUUAUCUGAGAAACAACUUUACAAAUGGAAAGAUAUCAUCCCAUUGGAAAAUUUAUACGUUGAAGAAAUACACGACGCUUUUCCAGAUAAUACUAUCAACUUGUGGGAAAGGCCUACUUUUAUCCCUCAUGAUUAUCCAUUUGAACCUCAUCCUGAAAAUGUGCCAGGCCUGCACCCAGGAGGAGGGGAAGGGCAUUAGUUAUAUAUCAUAUCUAAAAUUCAUUUCCUUUUAAAUUAUAUUUAUAUCGCAUAAUGAGUGAUUUUUGUUUAAAAAAACAUGUAUUGGCAUUUAUUAAUGCAUUUAUUGGAAAUUGUGAAUUUACUUAGUUUUAUGCAAGAAAUAGUAAAAUUAAUUUCAAUAAAUUUUACUCUUUUUUCUUAU